CACACUGAAUGCUCAAUCACAGCUGAGUGAGGCAGGUUCAAGGUAAAGGCUACUGUUGCUGCCUCAGGUGUCACUCAAUAUGCCAAUGCCGUGCACGUGAUCACCAAUUGCGGCGGGCGUGUUUCCCGCCCGGCUUCUCUGCUUCCUCAGCUCUCUCCAUCAUGACCAUCCCAACGGCGCCAUGGUCGAGUCAGAACCAACCAUCAAGCGCUCCGCCUCUUCCUCCUCGUCUGAAGAUGGACUGAAUCCUCCUGAUGCAAAGCGCGUCAAGCGUCAUUACCACCACCAUCACCGCCUGCAGAGCCCCGUUAACCCAGCUCUACCUGAGCCCGCCAUCGUCGACGAUGCUUGUGUCGACCAGCUCCUAAACCGGUCCAUCAGUCAAUAUUUACGAACAUGCGGGUUUGAGCUCGCAGACCCUGCUGCGCUGGACGCCUUUCGCAGGGUGACUGAAGAAUAUAUCUUAAGCGUCGCAUCCUACGUGCGACAAUCCAUGCUAUCGAGCCGGCGCACCCAACCCAUACCUCAUGAUUUCGACGAUGCCCUACGCCGUCACUCUGUUCCGUACACCGACCUCCUCCCACACGUGCAACCUCAUCCCAAACUCGACCCGAUCCCGACACCUCAGCCCACUCCGCCGCCAGAAGAAGACUCCUUCAAGGCCCUCCCAUCCUCUGGGCCACAGCUUAGCGUCGAGAACGACCACGUUCGAAGCUCCUACAUCCCGAAACACUUCCCCGCCUUCCCCAGCAAACACACCUACCGCCAUACGGCAGUCUUCACGGAACGCGAGCAGGACGCUCGGAAGAUUCGCGAGCGCGCUACUGAAGACGGCCGGCACGGAGAGGAGGCUCUGCGCAAGCUGGCGCGGGCGGCCUUCAAGGACAACCAGUUUGGGUCCUCGGCGCGCGAGAAGAAACCCUGGGGCCGGCGCGCAGAGACGAUGGAUAGUAUGUUUGAGAAGACUGUGAAGGGGCUGGCGAAACGGAUGCAGCGGACCGCCACGGUGCCGGGUGCGGCGGCGCCCAUGGAAAUCGAUUCCGGAGCUGGGUUGGAUACGGAGGUCAAGCCGGUUAGGUCGAAGCUUGCGUUGAGCAUCGAGCUGCCGCCUAUUAUCAACUGCGAGCGGGAGUUCUGGCGGCGGGCGCCGUCGUCGGGGACGCGGAGAGCAGUAGAGGAUAAGCAACCUGCCGUGAAGAAGGAAGCUCAUGAUAGAGCUUCCCGGGUGGACAGCUGGGUGAGCACUUGAGAAGGAGGCAACGGGCGCGGUUGUAUAUGGUGGGUGAGUGCAAUGGCAGUAUGCACGGGCGUCAUGGGGGCGUUUCAGCUUGUUUUCUUUUUCUUUUUGAACCCUUGCAUUAUUGCAGUGAAGAUACCCAUGGAGUAGAGUUUUAGA